AUGGACCCUUAGACCGCCUGGGCCCUGGCGCUGGGGGCCGCGGAGCCGCCUCGGGGUCUGCCGCUGGCGAGCGAGCAGGACUCGCCCCCCAGCGCCGAGGCUGGCUUUGCCCCGCAUGACCACUCCGGUCAGGAGAGAGAGACUGAGAAAGCCACGGAUGGACUAGCCAGUGGAGCACAGAGCAUCCCUAAUGGUGGUCCUGCCGGUGAUGAGGGCACCCAUUCUGAAGAGGAAGGCUUUGCUAUGGAGGAUGAAGAUUCUGAUGGGGAACUGAAUACCUGGGAGCUGCCAGAAGGGGUGUCCAGCCGUCUGCCUAGGGAACAGGCUGCUGAUCUUUUUAAUGAGGACUGGGACUUAGAGUUGAAAGUGGAUCAAGGGAAUCUGUAUGAUGCUGAUGACAUCCAGGGCUGCAUUUCUCAAGAGGUCAAACCUUGGGUGUGCUGUGCCUCGAAAGGAGACAUGAUCUAUGACCCCAGUUGGCAUCAUCCACCUCCACUGAUACCCCAUUAUUCCAAGAUGGUCUUUGAAACUGGACAGUUCGAUGAUGCUGAAGACUGAGGGUACAGCUUUUUGCCUGCCAGGUACAUGGGUCUUCAAGAUUAAGGUCUUUCUUCUUUUCUUUGAGGUGAGAUGUCAUAUCUGAGGAAACAUUCCCAAUGAUUCCUGAGCCAGGCACACAGACUGGUGUUAAAUAAGGUCCCACUGCCCCCUCGUUCUGUUGUUGUUUUUCAUGAGUGUGUUACCUCUUCAGAUGUGUGUUUGUUUCUGCAUUAGGAGGAGGAGUUGUGUU